CAUCCUCCGGCCGACACCUUGCAGCUCUGCGUCGGCUGCCGCUGCUUAAUCUUCCAGCUGGCGCAUGCCAACGCUGCGCCGCGGAACCUCCGCGGCUUCCUUUUGGACCACCGCGUGACGUUCGCCGGGUUCUGGAACCACUCGGAUCGCCGGAAACUGGAGAACUCCUGGCUCGGCCUCAGGAUGCGUACGGACCCUGUGGAUCUGAGGUUGUGCACGGAGACCGACGGCGGCUGGAACCUGAAGCGCGCUUCGGUUAACACGAUUGUGGAGGAGUGUCUCGGCUUUGAAGUGGAGCAGAGGAAAGAGAUCGGCAUCAGCGAUUGGGACGAAGAGUUUCUGAGCCAUGAACAGGUUGAGUAUGCGACCGUCGACGCUCAUUGUGCUUUCCUCAUCGCUAGGGAUUGCAAAGUUUGGAAUUUCAGGGAUUAGCUCGAUGGAUGAAGAAUCAUGUGACGGAGAAGAGGUUUUCAUCGAUGAUGAUGAAGAUGAAGAUAUGACUACGAUAGUGAAUAUUAAUUGAAUGAAAUGUGUACUUAAUC